AUGCUCGAUAUCAACCAAACCCAGAUUGUAUCGAGAGAGGACCUCAUCCCGCCGAAGUCUCCAGAGAGACCUGUUCAAACUGUAGACUGGUCUUCGAUCCUUGGAUAUAGUCUCGGGGACUCUUCAGCCGCACAAGAAGACGAAGCCGAAGCCGAAGACGAUGAUAUCUCGAUAGCAUCCAAUCCACAUCCCGCCGAAGUUUCUUUCCGACUAUUUGCUCCCACAAAGGACGACACUGCCGCUACAAAUGUACAAAGUUACAUUCUGCCAGCCUCGCCGCCGCCGGAACAACAGGCUUUGCUAGCGGCAUCCUUAACGGCGGAUAUCCCCCAAGUCCCACACUUCUCCGAGCAAGACGUCCAAAAUGCUCACGCGACACAUAGACCCACUACUUACUAUCUUACCCCGCCGUUAGAAGAAGACGAACUUCAUGCCACGAGGUUUCGUGAUGUUGCUGUUUCCGGCGAACAGGUUUUGGAAGAAAGUCAGAAGUCAUGGCCGGGGUGUGAGUUGUCAUGGAGGGUCAUGAAGUUGAGCCUUUUGGGUGGGAAAGAUGGUGUCUCGGAACUGAAGAACGGGAUGGUAUCUGCAUCGACGGCGACGGCGACGACGAUUGUUCUCCAGGCAACGUCUUCGAUAAAGGAAGGGAGGAAACGACAUAGACCGAACAAGAAACGACGGAUAAUAAUGAGAAAACGACGGGUAGCUAAAGAAGAAACGGAGGCUAAGAAGUCAAAGAAUGCUAUCAAGAAGAAGAAUAAGAAGAAAAGAGCUGAGACAACGGCUGCCGUUCAGGCGAUUGUUCACAAGAGAACUGAAGAUGAAGAUCGAGAGAAGAAGGCGAGGAUGAACCGUCUGAAGAAAGAGAGACGGAAGAACAAGGUGAAAGAGGUCAAAUCAGAUCCCCAAUCGUAG